AAUCGGCUUCCGCUUUUUACUCUCUGUUUAGUUGUUCAAGGGCUUGUUUCUGAGCUUCUUGGCGCUUACACUGUGCCAGUUCUCACAGUCAAAUGUCCUGCACAGUCCAGCACAGUGCUGCCUUUUGGAAUCGAGCGUUGGCGCAGCCUUGCCGGUCGUUAGCUUGUUCCAAAGUUGUCGGGCUGCAAAAGAGGGUCCAGAAAGUACGGGUGAGGGGCGCAACUUCGCAGAUACACUUCAUCACGCCAGAACCCACAUCGACGGAAUACAGACCCACCUGAACCCACACGGACCCCUACUUGAUAGGAUUUCGACCGGCCUUCCGAAGCCGGCUCCGACGCAAUAACCGAUGAACCCAACCGGGCCGCGGCGCCCAGCUACGCGGGCCGGCUUCGAGAUUGCCGUCAUCUGCGCUCUCCCGAUCGAAGCCGACGCCGUCGACGCCCUCUUCGACCACCACUGGGACGAUGACGGGCCGCCCUACGACAAAGCCGCGGGCGAUCCCAACGCAUACUCAGCCGGCGCCGUCGGCCGCCACAAUGUCGUCCUCGCACAUAUGCCAGGCAUGGGCAAGGCCAGCGCCGCCGCCGUCGCUGCCCACUGCCGUGCGAGUUUCCUCAACAUCAAGCUCGCCCUCAUCGUCGGCGUUUGCGGUGUCGUCCCCUUCCGUCCCGGCAGUAGUGGGGCGUCCGAGACCGUGCUCGGCGACGUCAUCGUCAGCGAUAGUGUCGUACAGUACGAUCUCGGACGGCGACUUCCCAAACAGUUCGAGCCGAAAGACACGCUUCUGGACGCCCUGGGUCGGCCGAACACCGAGAUCCGCGCGCUGCUAGCCAAGCUCAAGGGCCUCCGUGGCCGGAAGAUGCUGCAGGGCAAGAUGGCCGACUAUAUGGACGUGCUCCAAGACGAGCCGGAGCUGGCGGCUAUGUACCCCGGUGCUACGCAAGACAGGCUGUUUGAGGCGACGUAUCGCCAUAUCGCUGACGGAAUGUCGUGCGAAGAGUGCGGUUGCGACGGCAAGCUGGUGCCGCGCACCCGCCUCGAGCAGGGCGAUGGACAGCCUGCGGUCCACUUUGGCCUGAUUGCGUCGGGCGACACGGUCAUGAAGUCGGGCGAGGACCGCGACAACAUCGCACGGCAGGCGGGUGUUAUAGGGUUUGAAAUGGAGGGCGCCGGUGUUUGGGACGUCUUCCCUUGCGUGGUCAUCAAGGGUGCGUGCGACUAUGCGGACAGCCACAAGAACAAGGCGUGGCAGCGGUACGCGGCGGCGACGGCGGCGGCAUGCAUGAAGGCUUUCUUGGGCUACUGUGUGCCUUCGGUACCAGGAUCUCUUCCUCUUCCCGAGCAGCCUACCGGACCUUGGUUUCUUGUUCCCUAUACCGAAAAUAUGACGUUCAUUGGGCGGGAAUCCAUCCUCAAUCAACUCCAACAACAGCUUUUGGGCCCGGCUCCGAAGAUCGCGCUCUUCGGCCUCGGCGGUGUCGGAAAAACGCAAAUCGCUCUGGCGUACAUAUACUGGCUCCGACGGACGAGGCCCGAGGUUUCAGUCUUCUGGGUCCAUGCGAGCAAUGCAGAACGAUUCCGGCAAGCAUAUGCGUCUAUCGCUCAGGAAUGCCAGGUACCGGGCUACGACGACCCAAAGGCAGACGUUUUGUUGUUGGUGAAAGCUUGGCUGGAGAGGAACGAUUGCGGCCAGUGGCUGAUGGUUAUCGACAAUGCCGACGAUAUGCAGCUCUUCUUCGGACAGCAUAUGGGGCCUGUGAAUGCCAGCUCUUCCAGCCAUAAGGAGGGCCUCGGACGGUACCUCCCCGAGUGCCGACACGGAACUAUUCUUGUCACAACCAGGAACAAGCAGGCCGGCUCGAGGCUGACCAAGGGGAAACGCCCCAUCGAGGUCGAGAAGAUGGACGAAGGCGAGACAGACCGGCUGCUCCGCGCACACCUUAACGGAAUCAGCGUUGAUUUUAGUGAAUCAUCUGCAUUUUCUGUCCGCCUGGAACACCUUCCGCUUGCGCUCGUGCAGGCAGCAGCAUUCAUCCAAGAGAAUACUAUAGAUGUCGGCCAGUAUCUUGAACUCUUAGAAAACAGCGAUCAAGACCUUGUCGAUCUGCUCAGCGAGGAAUUUGAAAUUGACGGGAGAGACUCGGAGACCCCUCGUGCAGUAGCUGAGACAUGGAUUCUUUCGUUUGAGCAGAUUCAACGGCAGAAUGCCUUCACAGGCGAGCUUCUCUCGCUCAUGAGCCCGUUCGACCGGCAGGCCAUCCCGUUGGAAUUCCUAUCCCGUUACAGUGAGCAACGAGGACAAGAGCAAACGGGGGGGAUACAGCUCACGAAGGCAUUGGGGGUUCUAAAGGCGUUUUCUUUCGUAGUGGAGGAGAAGGAUCAUGGCUUAGACAUGCACCGGCUCGUGCAGUUGGUGACGCGAAAGUGGCUCGUCAAAAACGGCCGGAUGAGGCACUUUAGCGGGCAGGCACUGUUGGUGGUGUCGCACUGCUACCCAUUCGGGCGGUAUGAGAAUUGGGCGAAAUGCAGCGCAUACCUUGCGCACGCAUAUGCAUUGCUGGGCGGUGAGGGCACUGGUUCAAGGGACGAGAAGGCUGGAAGGGCGACUCUCCUGCACUCUAUUGCGGGAUUCUUCAUGUCCCGAGGCCAGUGGAAAGAUGCCGAGAGGUUCCAGGCUGAAGCUGUUGAGCUACGAGAGGAAGUUCUUGGGGCCGAUCAUCCCGGCACGCUGAUCAGCAUAGGCAACCUGGCGUUGAUAUAUCAAAACCAGGGCCGGUGGGAGGAGGCCGAGAAGCUGGAGGUGCAGGUGAUGGAGACGUUCAAGACGAAGCUCGGGGCCAAUCAUCCCGACACGCUGGCCAGCAUGGGCAACCUGGCGUCGACGUAUCGAAACCAGGGCCGGUGGAAGGAGGCCGAGAAGCUGGAGGUACAGGUGAUGGAAACUCACAAGACGAAGUUCGGGCCCGAUCAUCCCGAUACGCUGAUCAGUAUAGGCAACCUGGCGUUGACGUACAAGGAUCAGGGCCAGUGGGGGGAGGCUGAGAAGCUGGAGGUGCAGGGCCGGUGGAAGGAGGCCGAGAAGCUAGAGGUACAGGUGAUGGAAACUCGCAAGACGAAGCUCGGGCCCGAUCAUCCCGACACGCUGAUCAGCAUAGGCAACCUGGCGUUCACGUAUAAGAAUCAUGGCCGGUGGGAGGAGGCUGAGAAGUUGGAGGUGCAGGUGAUGGAAACUCGCAAGACGAAGUUUGGGCCCGAUCAUCCCCACACGCUGGCCAGUAUAAGCCACCUGGCGUCGACGUACCGGAAUCAAGGCCGGUGGGAGGAGGCCGAGAAGCUGGAGGUACAGGGCCGGUGGGAGGAGGCCGAGAAGCUGGAGGUGCAGGUGAUAGAGACGUUCAAGACGAAGCUCGGGGCUAAUCAUCCCCACACGCUGACCAGCAUGGGCAACCUGGCGUCGACGUAUCGAAACCAGGGCCGGUGGAAGGAGGCCGAGAAGCUGGAGGUACAGGUGAUAGAGACGUUCAAGACGAAGCUCGGGCCCGAUCAUCCCAACACGCUGAUCACCAUAGGCAACCUGGCGUUGACGUACAAAGAUCAGGGCCAGUGGGAGGAGGCUGAGAAGCUGGAGGUGCAGGUAAUGGAAACUCGCAAGACGAAGCUCGGGCCCGAUCAUCCCGACACGCUGAUCACCAUGGGCAACCUGGCGUGGACGUAUAAGAGCCAGGGCCGGUGGGAGGAGGCUGUGAAGCUGGAGGUGCAGGUGAUGGAGACGUUCAAGACGAAGCUCGGGGCCAAUCAUCCCUGUACGCUGACCAGCAUGGGCAACCUGGCGUCGACGUAUCGAAAACAGGGCCGGUGGGAGGAGGCCGAGAAGCUGGAGGUGCAGGUGAUAGAGACGUUCAAGACGAAGCUCGGGGCUAAUCAUCCCCACGCGCUGACCAGCAUGGGCAAUUUGGCGUCGACGUAUCGAAACCAGGGCCGGUGGAACGAGGCCGAGAAGCUGGAGGUACAGGUGAUGGAAACUCGUAAGACGAAGCUCGGGCCCGAUCAUCCCGAUACGCUGAUCAGUAUAGGCAACCUGGCGUUGACGUAUAAGAGCCAGGGCCGGUGGGAGGAGGCUGAGAAGUUGGAGGUGCAGGUGAUGGAAACUCGCAAGACAAAGUUCGGCCCGAUCAUCCCGACACGCUGA